AUGGCGGAUUUAGAUGAUUUUUUUGCAAAGAAAGAUCGUAAGAAAUCUAAAGGAAAAAAAUUUACGACCACCGAUGAGAUUGCCAAGAAACUUGAGGAAACAGGAAAACGUAUGGAAAAAUUAAAACUCAAAGAAAAACCGUCAAAUAUUGAAGAAGAGGACCCAUUAACAACAGAACAAGAAGAUGAGGAAUGGCGGGAAUUUACGGAAGAACGAAAAGAUUACACUGGUCUGAAACUGGGAAAUUUACAAGUUAAUGAUAAAUUAACCAACGGCAGCGAUGAUGAACGAGGUGGUGGCGAAAACAGUUCAGAUGGCGAAUCCGGUGAGGCUGGCUCCAAGCAAAGUGGACCGUGGAAAAAAGCAGAUGUUCCAGUUGUUGAAGAAGAAGCUACAGCUGCUCCACCAGCCACCACUACUGAAAAGACCAGCACAGCAGAACCGAAGGUAUAUAGAACUCCACACCUUAGGAAUCAAUCAUCUGCACCUCAGAGUCAUAGAUCCCGCAUGAAAAAUGUUGCUCCUGAUAUACGCAGUGAAGAAUAUUUUCCAACGUUAAAUGCUAAACAACCGCAGAGUGGAAGUGAUUCGACUGGCGUCUGGGGAAGACGGAAACGUGAUGAAGGAACUUUUGAAGAAGUGCGUAACCGGGGCAGUAACAGAUCAUACGGUGUGCCCGACUCCCAGUCGCAAACUCCAAAAUUAUCGCUUGACAACAAAUACGGUGCAUUAUCUCAAGACCAGAGCUGA